AUGCGCCUUUUCGCCACCAUUUUCACUCUCUUUGCCCUCAUUGUCGCAGUCGUUUUCGCUGACGAUUCCAUUUCCAGCCGUUACAUUAUUGUUUUUGAAAAGGGAUUCAAAACUCCUUCCAAAGUCGUUUCCACAGUCGAGUCCAAACUUAAAGACCUGGGCUUUAGCAUUGUCUACAGAUACAAUACAGUACUCAAUGGGUUUGCUGUAACCCCUACAAACCUUGCUACGUUUGCAGACACUUACAAAACCCAAGAAGAUGUGCUGGCAAAGUUUGCGGAAAUAAAUGAUGCUGAUUAUCCAUUUUUUGUUGAAAAGGACCAAGAAGCCAAAAUUAACCAAUAA